AUGGAAUCCUCUCAAAAUAAUAGAUCUAGUUAGUUUCCAAUUUCACUUAGUUCUUAAUAACAAUAAUCUCUUUAAAAUUCUGGUUCUACCCUUGAAGACUAGAAAUUUACAAUAUUUGUCAAAAUGCUUGAUGGAAGAACUAAAAUUAUUUUUGUUAGUGCUACCUGCAAAAUUAGUUGUUUGAGGUCUAAAAGAGAAGUGAAAACAUUCCAUUUGUCCUGCAGGUCAACAGGACCAAAAUAAUGGAAAGAUAAUGACAUUGGGGGCAUUAUUAUAUAUGACUAAUUUAAAAAUUAGGAUCUUAGAAUAUAGCCUGGUUAUGUGUAUGUGAGAAAAAUUGAUGAGAUAAAGGAAUAUAAAUCAGCUGAGGGGUAAAUUCAUGGAAAUCUCUUGAAAUCUUUACUAGGGAUUGAACCUUCAUAAGCCAAUUUGCUAUGCUCAGGAUUCGGGAGAAAGUCUGGAGAAGAUUGGAAAUUUAAUUCACUCACUCUAAACACGAAGGAUAAGGAAUUUUAAGACGAUCGAAAAGAAAUGAACUAAACAGAACAAGAAUUGAUAAAGAGAGCCCUUGCAAGAUGGGAGAAAGGUGACAGAUAAAAUGUUCCAGUUUCCACAAUAGUCUGUUUUUGCGUUAUUUGCAAAAGACAUAAGGAAGAAUUUAAUGAUGCUGUUUAUAGGUGCGAUGGGAGGCAUAUUUACAAUAUAUCAAAAUUUUGCUAGAAUUGUGGUAAUUAUCCUUAUUAAGUUAAAAUGAGGGAUGAAGAUGCCUUUGAUUACUUUGCCAUGAAAUUUGAUAUGGCUGCUGGCACAUAAAUUAAAGGAUAGAGACAAUUAAUAAAAUAAUCCUUGGAGGAUGCAUGCCAAGAAGAAAUAUGA